AUGUACAAUCUCAUCAUGUUCCAGUUUCGUUUUCACCGGCGAAGAGCCCUUCUUCUUCAACUGAAACCCUUCUUCCCCUACCCAUUAUCAAUAGUAUCUCACAACUUCUCAACCACUUGUGAUUCUUCCGAUAAACAAUCCUUCACCCUUUCAUAUCUCACGAACACUUGUGGCUUUUAUCCCCAAGCUGCUCUCAAAGCAGCCAAGCGAGUUCGUUUCAACGACGCAAAGAAGCCCGACUCGGUUAUCGCCUUCUUCACAAACCACGGUUUCUCCAUCUCCCAGACACACAACAUCAUUCGCAGGGUACCAGAGCUGCUUUUACUCGAUUCCACCAAAAAGGUUUUGCCCAAGUUUCAAUUUUUAGCCUCCAAAGGUUUUGACAUAGUUACCACUGUGACUAGGGCCCCAUAUUUCCUGCUUAAAAGCCUUGAGAAUCACAUUAUACCUGCAUUUGAAUUUGUCAGGAGAUUCUCUCAAUCUGAUGAAAAAGCAAUGGCUUGUGCACUUUUUGGUUCCAUUACCAUUAGUCUUGCUCUCAUAUAAUCAAAAGUACAAUUGUUGCUUGAUAUGGGAGUCACUCCCUCAAACAUAUACCUUUUGCUUAGAACUUGGCCCUCUCUGCUCAGAUGUGCUGACUUGAAGGAGGUUGUGGAGGAAGUCAAGGGAUUGGGAUUUCAUCCCUCCAAAACGCUUUUUGUUGUAGCGUUACAGGCCAAAAGGGGUAUAUCCAAAUCUCUUUGGGAUGCCAAAGUCGAUGCCUUUAAGACAUGGGGCUGGUCUGAAGAUGCUAUUCUGGAUGCAUUUAGGAGGAAUCCCAAGAUUAUGCUAUACUCAAUCAAAAAAGUAAAUGCAGUGAUGAGUUUUUGGGUAGGUCAUCUUGGUUGGGACCCUUCAGUACUUCAAGCCGUGCCAUCACUUUUUGGAUAUAGUUUGGAGAAAAGGCUUAUGCCAAGGGCUUCAGUUGUCCAGUAUCUUCUCUCCAGAGGUUUGAUGAAGAAGGAUGCUAGCUUAUAUACACCGUUUAAGUAUACUGAUAAGUUGUUCCUGCAAGAAUUUGUGAAUUGUUUUGAGGAGGAGGAAACAUCUAAGCUACUAAGUCUAUAUCGGGGAGGACGCUAGCAUCUGGUACUUUGUUAACGUUUGAAUACAGAUUUAUAUUUGUUAUAGUUGUGUGAAUCUUGCCUUUUAAGCGUUAUGCGAUAGGACUGGAAAGUACAAACAUGUGGCACAACGUUCUUGUGUUAAUCUGGACGUGUUUCAUUAUCAUCAA